AUGGAGAGUCAAACCACUUAUGAAUUUCGCCACUAUGGACGUUUUGAGGGAUCUGGCACGCACUUAGGUACUCGUGGGACGAACCAACCUCAAGGAUUUGGGAAUAGUCACGAUAUUGUUCCUCCAAGAGGUGGAACCUCAACAUGUUUUGGUUUUGGAGGCUUUUUGGUUCUCUGUGAUACAAAAGGCUUGUCGCGGAUUCUGAACAUAAAUAGGGUUUUGAGAAAAAUGGUUUCCACUCCUGACUUACAUUCCAGUAUUAGACGUGAGGCCAAAACCCGAGCAGGACAGUCUCAGCUUUCCCAGGAGGAAAAAUCAAAAAUAAACACAUUUUUAAAUUUUGAAAAGGGUAGGGGGGAUACUCCACAAGGACCCCGAGGCUAUUUGAGAAGUUUCCGGAAGAACUGCCUUUUUGAGUUGCUCUUGCUAAGCACAAGCCGUGAUUAUAUAGUGAGUAGUCCUUCAGACUAUGAUACAGUAUUUGCUGGAAUCAGGUCGUUUCCAGAGCUAGGGGUCUGGAGGUGCUGCUGCGAAGCAAACGGAAAGCCUACAGAGUUUGUUUCAGGUCGAUCUUUGUUGGGCCUUUUUUGUGGGACUCUUGGAGUUUCCAGAACCCUGGAAAUGUAUAGGAAGGGAGAGACGGGACCUGGGAUUUCUCUUAAACUAGAGAUUUCUUGGAGUGAUAGGUUUGCUCUGAGUGGGUUUUGUGGAGAGAGGGAGCUGAGUAACUGCUACAUCGAUUAUGUAAAAUCCUCGCAUCAGAAACUCAAGGAAGACAAUGUUCACUCUGGGUUGGAGUGUAAAUGUUUCGAGGGGAUUUUAGAGGCAAUCUACCUUAGUAUUGCUCACAAAGCUGAACAUUUUGAGAUCAACAGUAAGGUGCUCGAGUUAUGGCCACAUUAUGUGUAUUCUGUGAUUUCUAGUCUUGGUCCUUCUCACAUGGGGUCCAGAAGCUUAGUAACGUCUAUUUCAAAUGGACUCUUAUCAGACAUUAGGGAGCGAAAGUCUAAACUGACACAUAAUGAAAAGGUUUUUGGUUGGCAGUUUUGCUCCCUGAUUUUGGGAGAAUACAGAGAAAUCCCUGUCGGUCUGAAUCCUUCUAUCUUGGAGACUUACAUUACCUGCAUGGACAUUGUGGCUUUGUUUCUUUACAUGGCAAAUAAGGGUGGUUCUGGUAUCUCUUUGAGAGAAGACUCGGUGCUAAGCAGGUACUUAUCGUCUCUUUACUUUACAGAACUUGGUUGCUUUGAGAGGUCAGAGUUUUAUAUUGAAUGCAUUUCUCCCUAUUUAUCUAAAGGAGCCAAUGUUCCAAGAAGCAAUAUAAGUAGGGAGUGUGAAUUUCUCAAGAUUCGGAUCCAGGAAAGAAACUUUAACUUAAUUAGGAGCAUUAGUAUGAGUAACACCAGAGACCCAGAAUUCUCAGCUGAAAGCCACUCAACAGAGAACCAAGUUUCAGCCAGCCUGAAGAACUCCUCUUGGAUAGUCGGUUGGAUUUCAGAUAACAUUAAAAAAGCCAUCGGCACGGAGGAGGAGCGUUGGCCUGGAGUCGAGAACACCUUUUACUUUGACAAAGAAAUCAACCAGUGGUGCCAAAAGGGACCUGACGGCAGAAGGAUUACAAACGAGCCUCCCAAGACUGAUAAGUCUGAUUCCUUGGGUAAUGGGAAUGAAGUUAAUGUGGGAUCACAACUCACCCAACCACCGCCGCUGCCUCCUCCUCCUCCUCCUCCUCCCCCUACUUCUCAAAGAACGGCAUCCAAUGCAGUAGGACCCGGUACGAGUGGAGGAAUUAGGUCUAGAUAUGUAGAUAUUUUUCAAAGUAAAAAAUAA